AUGAAUUUCUGUUCAUUCUCUUACGUUCCUUUUCCACUUAAACAUUGAUAUCACCUAGGUACUUACAUAAAAUAAAAUACCUUCUUAAGAAUAAUAUAAAUUUCAAGAAAUAAGUCACUAAUAUUUAAAAGAACAUGCAUGUCGCUAAAGUGGUAAUAUUUAUAUUUUUACUUAAACAAACUUUUGCCAAGCAGCAAAUAACAGAAACUGAGAUAAUGAAUAAUUUUAAUGAUAUUGAUACAAGUAAACAUGACGUGUUAGUUGAUUGUAUAUUCAAAAUUAUUGACACGAAUUUUAUUUAUAAUACACCAACAAUAAUUGCUAACCAAAACAUCCCGAACGAUACAGUAAACAAACGUGAAUUCGAUGAGAAAAUACUGAAAGAAUUCGGCAGACGGCGCACUCCGAUUGUUUCCCAAGAUCACAUUGAUACAAAUAAAAUAUACGUGCAAGAAGGGACCAUCUUGAGGAUAAAAUAUAUUACCAGUUGUGACAUAUUGACUGAGUCACAAACUGAUAUUGAAAAUCAUGUAAAAUAUCUGUUUAUUAUAGUUGAUUACUCUGACGAACAUUGUGAUCACAAACUUCGAGAAGUUGGUCAAAAUUUAAGCAUGUAUGACGUUACAUAUAUCACCAAAAACGCAGAUGAUGUGAUUGAAGUAGUUACUUUUAUACCGCAAAUAAAUGAAACUACUUGUGAACUACAUCGUAAUUUAGUACCAUUCUUUCUAUCUAUAUGUAGUUCUACUGAAAGAUUCAAUGCCUUUCCAGAUAAAAAGCCUAAUAACUACAUGAAAUGUCCUCUGAAAUUAGGAAUAGCAUCACUUUAUCCAUUCGCAACAAUUGCAAAUAAGAGUUCAAUGAUGACAAACGAUCGGUUACAUGAAGAUGCUUUUUACGGGUCUGAUGUGGAAACAUUGAGAAUCAUGGCCGAAUACUUCAAUUUUACCCCACAAUUUUACUACAUUCACAGAUAUGAAGAAAAUCCUUUCUUAGAUAAUUCUUUUUUGGCUUCUUUAAUCAAUGGGAGUCUCGAUAUUUGCGCUGGUGGUCUUUACAGGGUCUAUGAUAACUUAGUUGACUAUUCAGGAGUUUAUGGAAGACAAGCAGUUGUCUGGAUGUACUCAGUAAAGCGGGAUAAGCGGUCAUGGAAAGUCUUAAUCAGAAAUGUAAACGGAGUAUACAUAUUCGUGAUAUUCUAUGCCAUCUUCUGUUCCAUUUGGAAAUUGAUGUGCAUGUUUGACAAGCAAGACAUUCCUAUGGGAAGAAUGUUGUUAUACGCUUUUGGAGCUCUCAUUGGUACCUCUUCGCUUGAAGAAGGUAAAACUUUAAAACAGAAGAUCUUGCAAUUCGUAUAUUUGAUUAUGUGUAUUCAUCUGUCAGCGUAUGUAAGUGUACAGAUGUAUUCGUUUCUAACUAUCCUAUCGCCACCAACUAUGUAUAAGACCAACGCGGAUAUCAUGGAAUCAGGCUUGCAGCCGUAUUUGGUGCCUUUAUUAAAAUAUUUCAUAAAUGAUGAAUCUUAUCAUGCGUUUGCUGAGACAGCAGAAGAUUGUGAAUCCUUUUAUGAUUGUGAAGAAAUGAGUUUGAAAUUCAAUGGGAUGACUCUCGUUUUAGAUGAUAUGUUCACAGAGCUGCAAGCAAAAACUGCUGUUAACGAUGAGGCAACUACUUUAAGAGCAAAUGAGAAUAUGUUAACAAUAUACCAUGAGAUGCUUCUUCGAAAAGAUAUUUACAUCGUAAAGAGAUUCCAGAAGAUUACCUCAAUACUUUUAAAUUCAGGGAUAAGUGACCGGUUGAUACGCGAAGCAAUAGGUAUACUAACUACAGCAAAAUCUAAAAGUGCUAGUAAGAACAUGAUGAGUUACAGCUACAGUUGUGGAGUGGGAUGUAGCAUUACAUUGAAACAGAGUGUUGGUACAUUUUAUGCCUGGAUGUUAGGCUGUGUGUUCUCCUUUUGCGCCUUUAUUAUUGAAAUCUUGGCCAAAAAGAAUAUUUAA